UUGAAGAGAAUCGAAAUAGGCGUGGGUGGGUUCCACAAAAUUUUGUUUCUCUCCUGUCUUUCGUCAAAACCAAACGAGAGAGACACGCUAUCUCUUCCCAACUUCUCUCUAUCCUCGUUCUCUCUUUUAUAUUUCUGUUCAACCAAACACAUUGUUAGAGUAGGGAGGGAAGGGGAAAUGGAAGUGAAAAAGGCGCGAUCCUCGAAUUAUUAUUAUUAACCCUAGAAAUAAAGAAAAAGAACAGUGCAAACAAAUCUCAAAGUCUCAAGUGGUUAAAAGUAAAAAAAUCUAAUGCUUGGGCGGGAAAGUGCACCCCAUUUAUCACAUCACAAACAUCUUUCAUACAAUAAUAACAAUAACUCUCUCUCUCUGUUUCUUACAAUUAAUCAGUCUCUUUCGCUCGUUCGCCGUGAAACGAUACAUUUACUGUUGCGGCAGAGGAACGAUAACAAUGCAAGCCGCAGAAGAAGGUGGUAGCAGCGAAGACCAAAACGCACGCGUCGAGGAAACUCCGUCAGAGUUCGAGAUUUUAAACCUACGUCGACGCUGGGAACUCGCUUCCGUUCUCAAUUUCCUCGACGUGUUUAGUCCUUUACUCGGUAAGGAUUUGAAGCUAUCAGCUGAAGAAAUAGAGAUCGGACUUGUUAAGCCUAAUGCUUCACUUGCUCAGCUUCAUAUUAAACUUUUGAAGCAGGGAACACCACCUGUGAGUAAAAUAUUGGAUGGUUCUGAUAAAUGGGUGACAGCUCUCUCUAAGAAACUGGCUAUGUGGUGGCCAUGGGUUGCUGAGGGGAAGAAUCCACUUGUACCAUCUAAAGGAGAGGAAAUAUCGAAGUACAAGGAGCUUGAUCCAUUGGAUCGUUUACUACUGCUUAAAGCCCUUUGUGAAGUUAGAGCUGAUCAACAUGAUGUAGUAUCAUAUAUUAAUGAUGCUUUAAAAGAAGGAACCCAGAUUUCUUCUUUUCGUAAAGAUGCCUUCGGAAGAGAUGGAACUGCCACAUCCUAUUGGUAUGACGCAAAUGCAAAAGCAAACAGUCACAGAUUGUACAGGGAAACAAUCACAUCAGCCUCAACGCCAAACCGUAAGGUCAAAAGAUCACUUCCCAUUCUCAACUUUCAAUGGGAAACAAUAGCCUCAAAUCUUGAAGAAUUUUCAGAAGUAGCUGAAAAAUUCUCAUCCAGCAAGUCUAUAACAGAAGUUACUAUUGGCAAGAGGCUUCAAACUGAUGCUAUUCCAAUUCUUGAAAAGCUUCAAAAGAAGAAAGAAAGGGCGAUGAAACAAAAACAGAGACAGGAUAAACUCUUAAAAGGUUUUCAGAAUUCCUAUUGUUCUGGAACCACACGCUCUUGUCGCACUCGAAGGCCUAUUAAUUACACUUUUGAAGCUUAUGAUCGGACAAUGAAGGAGGCAAUACAGUUGACAAACAAAAGGAAAAAGUCCACUGCUGCUCAUCAAGAUACAGACAGAGGAUCAGAAGAUGACUCCAAUGCAGAAGAUGACUCCAAUGCAGAAGAUGUUUCCUCAGAUAGUGAUUCUAAAAGGGAUGUGCUCCCUAUAUCUGAUAGUGAUGACAGUGGCUAUGAAAUUGAGAAUCACAGUAAUAGUGAGGAGAAUGAUGAACAUGAUAGUCAGAUGGAUAAUUCAGAAGCACACUCAAGCCAUGCAGUUUCUUAUCCCAAGGGGGUUCGAUGUAGUAAGCGGUUAGCUGGAGUCCCUGGCCAUACUGUUCCAGAAAGCAUAGGCUUGAAUGCAAAGCAAAGAGUGAGACAGAGACCUACCAGAAAUACUGCCAUAGAAUCUACUGUUGUACCUGAUUCGGAGGAUGAAGAACAUGAAGGGAAGACAGAUCUUUCUUAGUUUACUUAGGUCUAGUAUUUAACUUACAUUUUUGGGAAGUAUCUAGCAGUUGUGUAGAAUGUUUGUCAGCAAAAUUUGGGGUUAUUUUGAAAAACAUCCCUCUUUCUAGGCUUAUACAUAUUUUUUUGCUUCUAUCUAAUUUGUCUUGGAAUCAUUGAACCUUUAAUUUUCUCAUGUUCCUAUAAAUUUUUGAAAUACUAAGUAUAUAUAUGGGUGGCUAAUGAAGUUAUGGCGUU